CUGCCCAUGUUUGCGGACGCACCCGAGUCGUUUAUCGACGGACUGGCCAUGUCGGUGACGACCGAGACUUUUGUCCCCGGACAGCUCAUCAUUUCCAAGGACGAGGAGGCCGACUCCAUGUUCUUCAUCAUGCGCGGCACAGUUGAGGUCAUCUCGACCGAUGGUGUUGCCUUUGCCGAGAUGACCAACGGGCAGUUUUUUGGCGAGGUUGGCAUCAUUCUGUCGAUGAAGCGCACAGCCUCGAUCCGGGCCAAGGAGGAGUCGUUCCUGCUGAAGCUGACCAAGGACUCGCUAGCCAAGGUGGUGCAGCUCUACCCGAUGAUGCAACAAAAGAUCAACGAGGUGGCUGAGGAGCGAUUUGCGCUCUUUACCAAGCGAGCGCACUCCUCGCCAAAGACCACGCCCGAUCAGUUCGACAUUGACAUCAACCAGCAGAACUUGCUGAAGCUCGCCGUGUUCCAAGACAUUGACUGCGUUAUUGUCAGCGAGUUAGCUCUGAUGAUGAGCCGACUGAGCUUCGAGGCCGGGAGUGUGAUCAUCCAGUGCGGUGAUGCCGCCAACAGUAUGUUCUUUCUGGCCAAGGGUGAGGUCGAGGUAUACUCCGAGUUUGGCCUCUUGAUCGACACAGCAACGGGACCCACGGCGUGGUUCGGCGAAGUAGCUCUCCUCGAGCAUGUCCCCCGCACGGCGACGAUCAAGGCCAGGACAGAUUGCUUCCUGUACGAGCUGAAAAAGGCGGACGUGAUGGGGAUGCUGGAAAAGUAUCCCGUCAUUGGCGAGCGCAUCGAGGAGACGGCGCGGGAGCGGCUCCAGGCGUAUCUCAUGCGCAAUGUUCUGGCCUAGCACUCUCCUUCCAGGCUGAGACAUGGCCAGUCGAUGCGAUGGUCUGGCGGAUGAGCAGUGGGAUGAGCCUGCACGAAAUCGUCGCCGUUGCCGUCGCUGUCGCACGCUGUCUUGCCGGGCUGCCGGAUAAUACAAGCACUAUUCCAAGAAACCCAGGGAGUCGACGGAUGGUGUCGUGUUGAUCCGUAGUCGGUGCGCUGACUGCAAG